GCAAUAGGGACACGCACUGCCUACAGCAUGGCCAGCACCCCAAGCUCCAGUGUGAGCACUGACAGCUCAGACUUGUCUUCACUGUCUCAGAACAUCAACAACGCAGCCGACAUCUCUGUCAUCGUCAUCUAUUUUGUGGUGGUGCUAGCUGUUGGAAUAUGGGCAAUGCUGAAGACGAACCGAAGCACUGUUGGAGGUUUCUUUCUGGCAGGUCGAGCUAUGACCUGGUGGCCAAUGGGUGCUUCCAUGUUUGCCAGCAACAUUGGCAGUGGCCACUUUGUGGGCCUGGCUGGGACAGGUGCAGCUUCAGGAAUUGCCGUGACAGCAUUUGAAUCACAUUCGUUCCUCUUGUUGCUGCUCCUGGGGUGGUUUUUUUGUGCCAUCUACAUCAAAGCUGGGGUGAUGACCAUGCCGGAAUACCUCAGGAAACGGUUCGGUGGGCAGCGGCUCCAGAUCUACCUCUCGGUCCUCUCCCUCUUCAUCUCGGUGAUUCUGAAUAUCCCAUCCAAUAUAUUUUCUGGAGCCAUAUUCAUAAAGCUGGCUUUCGGGUUGGACCUUUACCUGGCGAUCUUCAUCCUUUUGGCUAUCACGGCUGUUUUCACAAUCACGGGUGGCUUGGCCUCUGUGAUUUACACAGAUACCUUCCAGGCCAUUAUCAUGCUGGUUGGAUAGUUCAUCCUCAUGGUGUUUGCAUUUAUUGAAGUUGGAGGCUAUGAGAGCUUCACAGAGAAGUACAUGAACGCCAUCCCCUCUGUAAUCCAGGGGGACAACCUGACCAUCAGCUCCAAGUGCUACACUCCUCAGCCGGACUCCUUCCACAUCUUCCGAGAUGCUGUCACUGGAGACAUUCCAUGGCCGGGAACCGCAUUUGGGAUGAUUAUUACAGCUAUGUGGUACUGGUGCACAGACCAGGUCAUUGUACAGCGCUGCUUAUGUGGCAAGAACAUGACCCAUGUGAAGGCUGCCUGCAUAGUGUGUGGGUACCUGAAGAUACUGCCCCUAUUCUUCAUGGUAAUGCCAGGGAUGAUCAGCCGCAUUCUGUACACAGAUAUGGUGGCCUGUGUUGUGCCUUCUGAGUGUGUAAAGCAAUGUGGUGUUGACAUUGGCUGCACCAACUAUGCCUACCCAAUGUUGGUGCUGAAGCUGAUGCCCAUGGGACUGCGAGGCCUGAUGCUGUCAGUCAUGGUGGCCUCCCUCAUGAGCUCCCUGACCUCCAUCUUCAACAGCUCCAGCACCCUCUUCACCGUGGACCUCUACACCAAGAUGAGGAAGAAGGCGUCGGAGAGAAAGCUCCUGAUAGCCGGACGGCUGUUUGUCACUGUGUUAAUUGUCACCAGCAUCCUGUGGGUCCCCAUAGUAGAAGUGUCUCAAGGUGGACAGCUGAUCCACUAUACAGAGUCCAUCUCUAGCUACCUGGGGCCUCCCGUUGCGGCUGUCUUCGUGCUCGCUAUCUUCUGUAAAAGAGUCAAUGAACAGGGAGCAUUCUGGGGUCUGAUGGCUGGACUCUUACUGGGCCUUAUCCGUAUGAUCGCAGAGUUUUCUUACGGGACAGGGAGUUGCCUGGUCGCCAGUAACUGUCCCACGAUCAUCUGUGGAGUGCACUAUCUCUAUUAUGCCAUCAUUCUUUUCUUCGUGUCUAUGUUGGUUGCUCUGGGAGUUUCUUUCUUAACAAAACCCAUCCCUGAUGUACACCUGUACCGCCUGUGCUGGACUCUCCGGAACAGUGAAGAGGAAAGAAUCGAUUUGGACGCAGAGGAGAAAAGGGAGGAAGAAAACGGGGGAAGCUUGCAGGACCAAAUGGAGAAACCUCGUGGAUGUCUCAGGAAGACUUAUGAUUUAUUCUGUGGUUUGCAAAAAACAGAGCCCAAGCUAACUAAAGAAGAGGAAGAAGUCCUGAAGAAGAAACUCACAGACACCUCAGAGGAGCCCUUCUGGAGGAAUGUCAUGAACACCAAUGCCAUUGUCCUCCUGGCUGUGGCGGUUUUUUUCUAUGGCUAUUUUGGCUGA